UAAAGUCUUAAGACAGACUGGUUAAACUUUGCAUUGCUACAUACAGUAUGCAUUUACAGUAUACUGUAGAUAGUUAAUUUCUUACCUUUUUACUUUUAAACAGAAUGUGUGUUCAUGAUGAUACAGGAAGUAUUGGAUUAGUACAUCUGAUAUAUGUCACACAGGCUAAGUAUAUAUUGUAUUCGUGAUUCUGUUCACAUCACACAUCAUCAGCAGUUCUACAGUUCUACCAUGAUUGUGACAUUUUAACAAUCUGUUUUCAGCACAAAUAUUACACUGGUUACACCCAUUUCUGGUGUGUGUUUCUCCAAAGGACUGAUCUUAUUUUAAUGAAGAGAUGGAUAAACUCAUUCUUUUCAUUUUUUUGUUACAAGGUGUUUUGUGUGAAGAAUGGCCCAUCAGUCUGCCAGAGAAAAUCGAAGCUCUGAGUGGAUCCUGUGUGAUCAUAAACUGCACAUUUACUAUUAAAAGCGAAUAUGAUAAAGAUCUCACUGACAGUGCUGCAGGAGUGUGGUAUAAAGAUGAGACCAAAGACAACAAUAUUGUGUUUAACUCCAGCAACUCCAAUCUCUCUUUUAAAGGGAAAAUAACUGGAAAAUUACAAGACAAGAACUGUACUACCAUUUUUAAUCAUGUUACUUCAAAUCACGAAGGCAGAUUUUUCUUCAGGAUUGAGGGUAAUGGUGGACUGAAAUGGACCUAUGCACAAAAAUCUGUUUCAAUAGAUGUGAUCGACACUCUCUCAAAACCCACAGUGCAGAUGUUUAAGGAUCAGAUGGAGGUUGAGGUUCAGGAGGAGGUGUUAGAGGGGAGCUCUAUGUGUUUGCGCUGCUCUGCUAAGACUCUCUGCUCCUCUUCUCCACCAACUCUCACAUGGAGCUCCACUGACAGACUCCACCUCAAUGAUAGCAGCAGACUACAGCUGGAUCAACAGAAUCAAACUGAGAUCAUCUCUGAUCUGAACUUCACUGCUACUCACCUUCAACAUGGAGUCACUUUCAUCUGCACUAUAACCUACCAGCUACAGCAGAGGAAGACAACAGCACAGAACAACGUCUCGGUUACGUAUGUAACCCUCGUUCCCUGA